CAAUGCUUGGGCAGCUUAGUCGCCUGAGCUCAACAUGGGAUCGAGUCGUUCACGAGGCACAAGCAAAGAACGCUUGCAUUGGACACAGGACCUUCAUGAUCGUUUUGAGGAGGCAGUUAAUCAGAUUGGAGGUCCUGAUCGGGCAACACCAAAAGGGAUUCUGAAUGCUAUGGGCAUUGAAGGAUUAACAAUUUACCAUGUCAAAAGCCAUUUGCAGAAAUACAGGAUAUCGAAAUUUGUUCUGGAAUCAAGCAGUAAAGGCAAGUUUGAGAGAAGCAAUAUUUCAGAAAUACUACCUAAUUUUGGCUCAACCUGUGCUGCUCAGCUUAAAGAAGCCUUAAAAAUGCACAAGGAAGCACAAAGGAGAUUGAGUGAUCAGAAUGAGAUUCAUAGGAACUUGAAACUUAAAAUAGAGGCACAAGGAAGAUUCCUUGGGAGAAUAGCGGCGGAGUAUCAAAACCGGACAACCUCAAGGAGAACAAGAAAAUCUCUCUCUCUUCAAUCGACACCCUCACUCUGUGAGGAGUCUGAAUCAAACGCAAAAGAAACAGAACGGGAUUUGGAGGCUGAAAGAAUUGAAAUGGAAUCUGCAGAUCACCGAGAAAUAAUUCUAGCUCGAAAGAGGCCAAGAGUAGUCGAAGACAAUAACAAUGUUUUUACGCCACCGCCAACAUCUGAAGUAACUAAUUCAGACCCCUAUAAUCAAAACUUGUUUCUUGCUGAAGAAGAAAUCUCAAAGCAGUCUGCUAGUGACGUAAUCUUUCCCUGGAAUAUUAUCACCUGUCCAUCACCAUUAAUAGCAAGCUAUUUUUGAGUUUUGUAGUUUAGUAUAUACAUAUAUACAUAUACAUAACUAUAUUUAAAUAAAACCAUAUAUACACAAAGCAUUCCACCUGUGCUCAUGCGAUGGUCAUGUAUAAGUUUGAUUG